UUUGCAACCAUGUGUUAUUGUAAAUAUGCGUGAAAUUCAAUGUAAUUUACAAGUCCAUAAAAGUUUAAUUAAAGUGGUUUAUGUACAAGAUAAACUAAAAGAAAAUGCCCUCGCUGCGCGGCAUUGCAAUCCGUGCCACGCACGAAGCCGCCAAGGAAGAACCAGAAGUAACGAAGCCGAUAAAGCCUGUGGCACCGCUCAUAUUACCACAAAACUGGACGCAAUAUGAACCAAUGUACCGGUCGGCAACGCGACAAGCUUGGAUUGAGAACAUAGAUGCAGUGGAGGAGCGCAAAUUGGGACUUAUAGAUUUACAUCCCGACGUGUUCGCAGCCCAACCCCGCGUCGAUGUCAUACAAGAGAACAUAGAAUGGCAGCGUAAAUAUCGUUAUGUAAGCUUUGCUAAUACUAAAACGCGCGCAGAAGUACGUGGCGGUGGACGGAAGCCUUGGCCACAAAAAGGUAUGGGUCGUGCGCGACAUGGUUCCAUUCGCUCACCGCUAUUUCGUGGUGGUGGUGUUGCGCACGGUCCACGAUCACCUACCACACAUUUCUAUAUGCUGCCAUUCUAUAAGCGGGUAAUGGGAUUGACGGCAACACUUAGCGUAAAAUUGGCGCAAGAUGAUCUCCAUAUAAUUGAUAAUGUUGAGAUACCCACGCGUGAUCCAAAUUUCAUUAAGGAGUUGAUAAAAGAGCGCAACUGGGGGCCAUCCAUGCUAAUUGUAGACAGAGAGGACAUUUUCCCGGAGAACAUCUGCUAU